AUGCUCCCUCAGCUCUGGGCUGCGGGGCUUUUCCCGCUAUUCCUGGUCGGCCUCGCCCAGCCGACCCAGAAGAUGAAGCUGGAUUGCUACAAGGGGGUGACGGGCACCAUCUACGAGUACGGAGCCCUCACCCUCAAUGACGAGGAGUACGUGCAGUUCCAGCGCUAUGUGGGCAAGCAUGUCCUCUUUGUCAACGUGGCCACGUACUGAGGCCUGACGGCUCAGUAUCCUGAACUGAAUGCACUACAGGAGGAGCUGAAGCCUUUUGGUGUCGUCGUGCUGGGCUUUCCCUGCAACCAGUUUGGAAAACAAGAACCAGGAAAGAACUCAGAGAUCCUUUCUGGGCUCAAGUAUGUGCGUCCCGGUGGUGGUUUUGUUCCCAAUUUUCAGCUCUUUGAGAAAGGGGAUGUGAAUGGAGAAAAAGAACAGAAGGUCUUUACCUUCCUGAAGAACUCCUGCCCUCCAACCUCUGAUCUUCUGGGUUCAUCAAACCAGCUCUUCUGGGAGCCCAUGAAGGUCCACGACAUCCGCUGGAACUUUGAGAAGUUCCUGGUGGGGCCUGACGGAGUCCCUGUCAUGCGCUGGUCCCACAAGGCUCCCGUCAGCACGGUCAAGGCAGACAUCCUGGAGUACCUGGAACAGUUCCAAAGCGAGUAG